AUGGCUUCCCUCACGAAGCACUGGAAUCCAGGUCUGACCUGGUUAUGCUUCGCUUUGUUGGUACAUAGCGUUGCCUCGCUCCUCCUGCCCGGUAUCGCCCCACGAGACUAUAAGGAGGGAGAGGACGUACCUCUCUCAGUCAACGAAAUGACCAGCGUCCGCACGCAACUACCGAUGGACUAUUUCAAGACUCAUGCGGUCAAUUCUCAAUGUGGAGUUGUUGCUGACAAAUCAGCUGAAGUGAGCGCUAAUCUUGGUGAACUUUUGAGCGGACAGAUGAUGUCCCCGACCAGUUACAAAAUCCAAAUGCUGCGAUCAUUGAAGUGUCAGAUUGCAUGCAAAGAUCAGCUCUCAGCUGAACUUAAGGAGACUAUCAAACAGAUGAUACGUGACCAGUAUACUGUGAAUAUGAAUGUGGACCGUCUCCCUGGCGCCGUGAAGUUUAUGGUUAGAGAUCCCCAGAAGGAGACUAAAGAUGCUGAUGAUGGUGAGAAGAAUCAAGUAUUUGUCAUGAGUGGGUUCCCUCUGGGAGUUCAACUGAAAGAUCAGUAUUUUCUGCACAAUCAUUUGAAGUUCAAGUUGGAGUAUCAUCGUCCCGAGGACGCUGACGACAGCGGGGUCUCGCUUUACCGAGUGGUGGGGUUUGAGAUUGAACCAAGCAGUUUGAAGCAGUUUGUGAGGGAUGGUGGUGACUCGGCUGUUUGCCAAAGCGAAGGAGCCUCUUUGGAGCCUCUUGACCUCGACAAGGCAGAGACUAUCACAUACACCUAUGAUGUGGAAUGGACUGAGAACCCCGAUAAGGAAUGGGUGACACGCUGGGACAUCUACCUUCAAAUGUCCCCAGGGUCUGGCCAAAUACACUGGUUCAGCAUCAUUAACUCGGUGCUUAUCGCGUUGUUCUUGUCUGGUAUGGUGGCUAUGAUUCUCAUCCGAACUCUUGCGCGUGAUAUUGCUAAGUACAACGAGCUUGUUGGAGAAAUGACCGCUGAAGAAGCUCAGGAGGAAGCAGGAUGGAAAAUGGUCCAUGGAGACGUGUUUCGACCUCCACCUCAUAGACGAUUGCUCUGUGUAUGUGUGGGUAGUGGAAUACAGCUACUGCUUAUGUGUGGGUUGGUUCUUAUCUUUGCGACCCUGGGCUUUCUGAGUCCGGUUCAUAGAGGAGCUUUAUUGCAGGGAAUGGUCCUGCUUUUCGCCUUCAUGGGCGUUCCGGCUGGAUACGUUUCUGGGCGACUUGGGAAGACCCUAGCACCAACGUCAUCUGAGCAUCAUCGCAGUACUACGAUGUUGACAGCCUUAGUCUACCCUGGUUCUGUGUUUGCGAUGUUUUUCUUCCUCAACUUGCUGACUUGGGCGAAAGGCUCGUCAGGAGCAGUACCAUUCACGACAAUGUUCGCGGUUUUGGUUUUAUGGUUUGGGAUUUCUGUACCCUUGGUGUACCUGGGCGCAGCUGCAGCGUAUAAGAGAGAAUCUAUUGGUUUCCCCUGCCGAGUCAACUCGAUUCCUCGACCUAUCCCUCCGCAGCCUUGGUUCCUGAGGCCCUGGUUGCUAUGCCUGGUUGGUGGCAUCCUGCCCUUCGGCGCGGUCUUCACGGAGUUGUUCUUCAUCAUGAGCUCGUUAUGGCAGCAUCAGUUCUACUACCUCUUCGGAUUCGUCGUUCUUGUUUACCUCGUCCUCGUCAUUACGUGUGCGGAGGUGUCAAUAGCCCUGACCUACUUCCAGCUCACCGCUGAGGACUACCGUUGGUGGUGGCGAAGCUUCUUCGUAUCAGGAACGAGUGCACUGUAUGUGUUCGGCUACUCCUUGAUGUACCUUGGAACCCGAUUGCAAAUCGUGAAUGUGGUCUCGAUAGUAGUUUAUGUGGGUUAUAUGGCGAUGAUCUCGGCGGCCUUCUUCCUCUUGACUGGGUGUAUUGGAUUUAUCGCGACGUUUUUCUUCGUCCGUGCCAUAUACGGCUCGAUCAAGGUGGAUUAA